AUGGGAAAAACUCGUCGUCGACACCCGUGGCCGGACGUCAUCGUCACUGUCAAGCCAAACACCCUUUUCCUCGUCAUCAUCAUCCUUGCCACCGUCUCCGUUUUGCCCUCAUUCUCCAGCCCACAACCACAACAACAACAACAAUCGGGGUGUCCAUCCGCUUCGGGGGACCCCCAAACCUCAUCUUGCACCUGCUACGACGUCACUCAGGGCGUGUCACUCGAGUGCCCGGAAGUUGACUUCACGACGCUCGAAAGCGUCGUCACUCGUGUCGGGAACCCCGUUGUCACACUCAGCGUCUACAACGCCGACGGCAACGUCACCGUGUUUCCCCGCGGCAUUUUCCAGCGGUCAGCUCCGAUCCGAGACCUGAAGUUCUCCCAGUGCUCCUUCGCCGAAUUCCAACCGGGGGCUUUCAAGGGCCUGGAAAAGUCCCUGGAAAGUCUGUCAAUCACGAAUUCUGAACUCACUGCGUUGCCGCUGGAUGCCGUGAAACCCCUGGGCAAGUUGGAGUCCUUGGCAAUCGUGUCCAGUCGGAUCAACGAAGUCCCGAGUUACGCGUUCCACGGGUUGCCGCUGAAGACCCUGUCUUUGGCGAGCAACGAAGUCAGGCGCAUUGCGGAAGACGGGUUUGCCGGGCUUGAAAGCAGUCUGGAGUCCCUGGAUUUAAGCAGCAAUAGAAUCCCGGGGUUCCCCGCGUUGUCCCUGAAACAACUCACGGGUUUGCAGUCACUGCAUUUGCAGGGGAAUCGGAUUUCCAAGCUGAAAUUCGACCCGAGCUUUUCUCUGCCGCUGCUGAAAACGCUGGACUUGAGCGGGAAUCAGUUGGGGAAUCUCACCGAGGACUCCCUGGACAUCUCUGACAAUCUGGAAACGGUGUCUUUCUAUUUCAACGAGUUGACAGAGUUGCCGAGGGCGCUUUUCGCCAAUGCCGAGAAGCUGAAGAACGCGGGGUUGGGUUACAACAGGAUUUCCAGCCUGGACCCGGAUUUGUUCCAGGACCGAAAGCAGCUGAAGCGCGUUGACUUGAACCACAACAGCCUGAGGAAUUUGCCCCAGGGGCUUUUCCGAAAUCUGCCGAAACUCGAGGAAGUGGUCUUGAGCAACAACCGCAUUUCCACACUCGCAGCUGACAUCUUCAAGGGCUCGUCGUCCGUCACGAUUCUGCACUUGCAAAAUAACGAGGUCUCGAAAAUCCACCCCAAGGCCUUUUCCGGACUCACUUUUUUAAUGCAGCUGCACUUGAACAACAACAAAAUCAAACGACUUCCCGGGAAGGUGUUCGAGUCGCUCAUCGCACUCAGGACCCUGAAUCUCGGCGAAAACCAGCUGAAAACCCUGGAAUACGAGUCCUUUUCCAGACUGGAAAACCUCGGGGAACUGCGAUUGCACGACAACGAAAUCGCGGUGAUUGGCAGGCAGACGUUUGCGGGACUGACGAGGUUGGCGACGCUGGUUUUGCAGAACAACCGGAUCGAGGCGAUAGAAGACGGAGCCUUUUCCAGUCUGUCUUCCCUCAAGACUCUGAAUUUGGACAGGAAUGAAAUCAAGCGAAUAGGGGUCAUUCUGGACUCGUCGGGGGCAUCGAUGUUGUCGACACUGACGAUCGUCGGCAACAACGUGGAGGAAAUACACCCGAACGCGUUCGCGAGACAAACGCGGCUCAAGUUGCUGAAACUCAGCGACAAUCGCAUUCAAACCCUGCCCAACGGCGUUUUCAAAACGAUGUCCGGCGUCAAGAAACUGUAUCUCGACAACAACCUUUUCAAGACGAUCGAAGCCUCGACUUUCAGCGGGAUGAAGUCCCUGAAUGUUUUGGACUUGGGCAAGAAUCAUUUGACGGAGUUGAGUGCGGAAAUGUUCGCCGGACUCGUCGCACUCACGGAACUGAAUUUGGAAGCGAACGAAAUCUCGACGAUCGGGCCGAAGACCUUCGAGACGUUGACCAAGUUGAAAGGACUGAGUUUGCGGGGAAACCAGUUGACGACGAUCGAGCCACACAUGUUCCACGCAGCUGGUCGCAGUUUCCUGCGCAAAUUGGACUUGGAAAGCUGCAGAAUCCAGAGAAUCUCCGAGGGCUCUUUCGACAGUCUCAACUCCCUCGAAGAACUCAAUUUGGCAUCGAAUGAACUCAGAACGUUGAGCUCAAAGUCGCUCAGCAGCUCGUCUUUGAAGGCGUUGAAGGUGUCUAGGAACCCGUUCGACUCGAUCCCGGAUAUUUCCGCUUCCGUUCCGGGAUUAGUAGUGUUUGAGAUGGACGAAGUGCCGUUCACUGAAGUUCCGCGCGACUUUUUCGCACGAUGGAAGGAUUUGCAACGGCUCAGCAUCGUUGGCAACAAUUUCCCGGGAUUAACGUUGGAGCACUUGAGGAGUCUUGGGAACUUGAGGGAACUUUUGGCAGAGAACACGAGUCUAGUGGACACUUCCUUUUUCCGCUCCGAAGCCCCGUUGGCAACGCUGGAGCACGUGGAUUUGUCCGGAAAUAAUUUUCCCGAGGUCCGGAGAUCCAUGAUUGCAUUGGUCAGGAAUGCGAGGUUCUUGGACCUGAGAGCCAGUCAAGUGUCAAAGGUGGAGCCCAGGGCAUUUGACGACGUGUCAAAUUUGCGAGUCCUGGAUUUGUCCGGGAACCGUUUGGACUUUUUAUCCCCGGCCACAUUCAGCGGAUCCCCGCAAGUCGAACGCAUGGAUUUGAGCGGAAACCUUUUCACAGCGUUGCCAUUCUCUGUGCGAAAAUCGAGUUUGAAAAUGCUGCGGACUUUGAACAUGGCCGGGAACCCACUGGUGAACGUUCGCGGCCCCGACGAAUUCCACUUGUCGGGUUCCGGGGCCGUCAUUUCCGAAGCUGAAACCACGGCCUUGUUGCAAUCCAACAUCGCCGAACUCGACUUAUCCCGGGGCAAACUCACUUACGUGUCAACCCACGACUUUGAGGGUUUCGGGGAACUCACUACACUGAGUUUGAGAGAAAACGCAGUUUCCGAAGUCUCAGUCGGGGCCUUUGAGCACUUGGGCUCACUCACGACACUGGACCUGAGUUUCAACGAGCUGUCGAGACUCGACAACGGACGACUCAGGGGAUUAGUUUCGCUUAAAUCCCUGAACGUCACCAGGAAUUUCCUGGACUCCUUGGUGGGAUUAGUGAACGUGAGGGGAUUGAAAGUGAUUGACGCGUCUUACAAUCGGAUCGCGACGUUGGACUCGGAUGCCUUUGCCGGCAUGGAAGCCUUGGAGGCACUCAUAAUCCGAGGCAAUCUCAUCAACAUUGUCAGUUCCAAGACGUUUUUGCCGCUCAAGUCACUGAGCUUGUUGGACUUGAGUGACAACAAGGUUGAGAAGAUUUCCCCCAGAGCUUUCCGGCCUGUGGAGGAUAAGUUGAAGACCCUGCUUCUCACUGGCAAUCCAUUUGCUUGUGACUGCUCGAUCGAAGCCCUGUAUUCUUGGCUGAAUGAGCAUGAGUCAUCCUUGACGAGGUCCAAGACCGACAGCGGCAAACUGAUGGACAAUGACAACCAAAUGAUUUCCACGGGUUACGGUGCCCUGGCCAACAGGGAUCGGAGGUCGUCGGCACCCGACAGACAAAUACCCACUUGUUCCUCGCCUCCAGAACUGAAAGGAACCCCGCUGACAGACAGUACCUUGAUGGAAGCGUGUUCUACACCCCUGGUGACUGAUCUGGUGGUCGAGGGUGUGGAAACCACGGGCCUGGUUGUCUCCUGGGAUGCGAAUUCCAUGUUGUCACAUCCCCCUGUUCGAGCUUUCAAACUGGUCUACCAGUCAAUUGGGGAUGACAAUGAGGGCACAGUGAACAUCCUGGACCUUCACACUGACAUCACUGCCUACAAACUCAAUGACCUCAGCCCAGGCACUCGUUACCACGUGUGCAUAAUUGCAGUGGAAGGUUCAUCUCCAGUAUCCAUGACUUCUGCUGAAGCCUUCCAAGCAUCUGAACCUGUUCGAGCUUUCAAACUGGUCUACCAGUCAAUUGGGGAUGACAAUGAAGGCACAGUGAACAUCCUGGACCUUCACACUGACAUCACUGCCUACAAACUCAAUGACCUCAGCCCAGGCACUCGUUACCACGUGUGCAUAAUUGCAGUGGAAGGUUCGUCUCCAGUAUCCAUGACUUCUGCUGAAGCCUUCCAAGCAUCUGAAGUAUCUUCAUCUUCAUCCCAACAACACCAACACCGAGAUCGGAAAUGCACAGAAGCCAAAACAGUUCCCUCACCCUCAUCCACCAGCAGCAGCAGCAGUGGAGCAGGUGACAUGGACUCCACGUCAUCAGACUCAGCUGCCGAAGUGACGACAACAGCGGGAUUCCCGCUGCUGCUGGUCGUCGUCAUUGCCAGUGCCGUCGUCGCGGUGUUGUGUCUCGCUGCUGCUGUCGGGGUGCUGAUGACGCGUCGCAAGAGUCGACGACGCGUGUCGCAGCGGCGGCGCCAGGGAACCAACAACGGCUCCGCCCCCAUGUUGUUUGGUGGACAACAACAACACCAGCACCACCACCAACAGCAAUCGUCGCCGAAACUCACGCAUAAUGGGAACGGCACGCUGCCCAUGAGUGUGAAUGGGAACGGAGUCGAUUAUUCCGCGUAUCGACACUUUUCGAUGCGUAGCGACGCUGCUUUCGACGGCGCUUAUGUGCCCACGAAUAACGGCUCAAGGUCGAAUGGUUACUGAAAAAGAAAAAAAAAAGGAAUCAAGAGGAAGAAGAAACUCUCGGGUUGUUGUGCUUGUGACGCAGCCGUCUUGGGAAAUGUUCCAUAUCCACAGCAGUACAGUGCGGUACCUGCCGCAUACCCAGUGCUGCGACACCUAGGGGAUUUGAAUCGAAACAAUGCGUUGGAAGUCUCCGCGUUUCUGCAACAGAGGACAGAAUUCGUGUUCCGAAAAAAACGGCCUCGUACACGUAUAGAACAUGCUGUCACAUAGCAUAUGUGUAUGUUGCAGAGAAAAAGACAUUUUCCACUUGUUUCCUUUGAAAACUCGGUACUAUAUUUUGAGAAGUACAAUGGAGGCUUCAAACGUGUUGUCAAAAUCUCAAACAAAUAUUCUUUGGAUACAAGAUUAAUUUAAGUCAAAAUACUUGAAAUGUCAGUAAUAAAAUAUUGAAAUAGCUUUCGUGCAUGGGCUAGGGAUUCUAUUCUAGUGGAGCCAUAACUUCUACGAAAUUUGACCCAUCCAUUCAUUUUCUAAGUUCAAGCAGUAAAUUUUUUCAAGCCGCAUUUUCAAAUUUUGGAGUUUGUUGGACCCAGAAGAUACUUAAAUUAAUCUAAACAAUUAAAUGAACUUGAAACGUCUGCUUCUCUUUGUAAUUUGUUAUUUGGCAAGUAAAUUUCAUCUUCUCAAAAGGAUGGGAAGAAACUAUUAGCAUUUCCACAUCCAUAUUAACCAUGGUGAAUAAAAAGUGAACAGUGGUCGGUAGGUUCUUAAAUGUUCCUUUCAAAAAAAAAAAGUUGAGUCCAACAAUAACAUUUUAUCCCGAAAGAUUUAGAGAAUAUAUGGAAUACUCUUUGUCCUAAAUUUGGAAUAGGGUGAGAUUUUAUAGAAUCUCUGAGGAAAGGAAGGUGAUUUCUUGUGGAACAUUUUUCAAGAUGGCUGUCUGGAAAAUAUUGUUUUUUUUUUCUGGAAUCCUUGAAGGAAAAUGUGGGUUGAAGGAAGAGCAACUUACAAGGUGUGUUCAGAGUGUCAGAAGCUUGCCAGGCAGGGAGUCACAUUGAAAUGUCUUGUCAGCUUUCUAGAAGCAAUCCUGUUUUUUGUUUAUUCUUUCAAGGUAUAUCUUCCAGUUUUUUUUUUGUGAGAAUCUUUUAACUGGUUCUGUGGACUUACUCGGGACUGGAUAUUUUCAUUUUACAAGUGAUUGUUGGGCGGAAGAGGUUUUCAGAAAGUGC